GGCGCUUCCGCAAAGAUGGCGGCGGCGGCGGCGGCGGGGAGAAGCGCUCGGCUGGCGGCUUGGGGCGGAAGGCUGCGGCGCGGGCUCGCGGCCGGCCGACGAGCUGUCCCGAGUCCCGGCCCCCUGGCAGCGGCUGUGGCCGGCGUGGCCCUGGCAGGGGCAGGAGCGGUGUGGCACCACGGCCGCGUGCAAGCAGCCGCGCGCGAGGGCAGCCUUCAGGUGCUGGCGCAGAAAAAUGACUUGGGACCAAUAGAGAAACUUUCUCUACGUAAACAGCGGUUCAUGCAGUUUUCAUCCCUGGAGCAUGAAGGAGAAUAUUACAUGACACCCCGAGACUUCCUCUUCUCAGUAAUGUUUGAGCAAGUAGAACGUAAAACACUAGUCAAGAAGCUGGCAAGAAAGGAUAUCGAGGAUGUACUAUCAGGAAUCCAAACAGCACGCUGUGGAUCAACUUUUUUUAGAGACCUGGGUGAUAAAGGGGUAAUUUCAUACACCGAGUAUCUUUUCUUACUUACAAUCCUCACAAAACCUCACACUGGGUUCCAUGUUGCUUUUAAAAUGCUGGAUGCAGAUGGCAAUGAGAUGAUUGAAAGAAAGGAGUUUGUCAAGCUGCAGAAGAUCAUAAGUAAGCAAGAUGACUUCAAGACAGUGAAGACUAAUGAGAUAGAAUACCAGGAACCAACAGUGAAAGAGCCUGGAAUUAACACAACCCUUCAAGUGCGUUUCUUUGGGAAAAGAGGAGAAAAAAAACUUCAUUAUAAAGAAUUUCGAAGAUUUAUGGAAAAUUUACAAACAGAAGUUCAAGAAAUGGAAUUCCUUCAGUUUUCUAAGGGUCUGAAUUUCAUGAGAAAGGAAGACUUUGCAGAGUGGCUCCUUUUCUUCACUAACACUGAAAACAAAGACAUCUACUGGAAAAACGUGAGAGAAAAGUUGUCGGUAGGAGAGAGCAUUAGUUUGGAUGAGUUCAAGUCAUUUUGCCAUUUUACAACGCAUUUGGAAGACUUUGCUAUCGCCAUGCAAAUGUUUAGCUUAGCUCAUCGCCCUGUGAGACUGGCGGAGUUUAAGAGAGCUGUGAAAGUAGCAACUGGACAAGAACUCUCAAACAAUAUUCUGGACACUGUCUUCAAGAUCUUUGACUUGGACGGUGAUGAGUGCCUAAGCCACGGGGAGUUUCUUGGAGUAUUGAAAAACAGGAUGCAUCGAGGUUUAUGGGUGCCGCAGCAGCAGAGUGUGCAAGAAUACUGGAAAUGCGUGAAGAAGGAAAGCAUCAAGGGCGUCAAGGAAGCCUGGAAACAAGCUGGAAAGGGCCCCUUUUAAGGAAGAGAGGGGUAGCAGUUACAUCGUUUGAGGUACAUUAAGGUCCAUCGUAAGAAAGAAUGCAUAUUCUCAAAAUGUGGAGUGCAAAUUCACGGUACAACUACUUCAGUGUCCCAGAGUAAAUGAGACUAGAAGAGAAAACAGUGAUGACGCGAAGCACUUGCCGUAUCACUACAGUCGCUUUCAAAGAACAAGAACUCAAUACAAAAGGUCCACAAGAUGGCACCCUUGCAUUCCGGAAUAGCUCAAAGGCCACCUGAAAGAAAAGAAUGCCGGGCUGUGGGCUGCCACGACUUGGUGUUUACCAGCUCUCCGAAGAACGAGCGCCCACUUCCUACAUCGGGCUGUAUUUGAAGGAGAAGAAAAGGAAUGUUGGCCAUGUGGUGAAGUUCCUUUUUCGGCGUCACCACCACCAAAGCUCCCUGAACACUGUCCCGUGUGCCUGCGAGGGGCUCACCUUUGUUUUGGUAGGAAUCCAUCCUUCUUCCAGGAGAGUGAACACAGAGCACAUUUUGCUUAGAACACUCCAGUUUGCACAGUAUUUGUGAGAACUAUUUGAUGUUGAAGGAAACACUAAGGCCCAGAAAAAUAAAAACUAUGAACAUUUUCUCCUCCAGUAUAUGAGUCAUAACUGUAUGAAGUAGCCCCCGAGUACAGAAGUUUAGGAUCCAAAGAAAAGGAAAAGCUUGUUCAGUGCAGCAUCCUUUCAGAUAAUAAAAUUUGGAAACCACAUGACUAUCCAGCACCGUGAAAAUGGGUAAGUGGAUUAAAUGGUUGAAUUCUAGGCGGCCGUGUAAAGUGUGAGUGGAUAAACGAAGUUGCAGGAUCCUGCUGAUGGCGAAGCUGUUAUAUCUCACUGCUCCAGCAUUCGUUUUCCACGCACACAGUGAUGCCAGGCAGCGACGGGGGAUGCUGGUUCCCCGUACCUGCUGCCAGCACCCUGGACUCGGCCCACAGUGAGCAGUACAAGGGAGGCUGCAAGCCUGGAGUCGGAAGACAAGCCCUUUGACAUCUCCAGUCUCGGUUUUCAGGCUUCCAUCCCUGCAGCCUUUGGUACCAGUCUCUGGCUGCCUCUUUUUUUUUUUUUUUUUUUUUUGGCAUGCCCAGAACCAGCUUCAUUGUGUGUCCUCUCCCCACCCCACCCCCAGAGGCACCAGCCCCUGCCUCCAGGCAUUCUUCCCUGAGCAGGCAGGGCUGCUCCCUCAAGCUUCUAGAUUGCAAUAGCUCCAACAUCUUGCCUUUGUAGCCAGGCCCCAAACACGAUAGGUGCUUCCAACAGGGAUUACUCCAGGUCUCUCUUUGAUUAAAAUUCCCUAAUACCUAGUGUAAACACUUUGUCUUUUAAAAAUCAAACUUUCUGUUAUAAUACUUAAGGUGGACUCUGACUGAUAAAAUGACCAUGUGCAGCUGGGCAGUAAUGGCGCACACUUUUAAUCCCAGCACUCAAGAGGCAGAAGCAGGUGGAUCUCUCUGAGUUCCAGGCCAGCCUGGUCUACAGAGUGAGUUCCAGGACAGCCAAAGCUGUUACACAGAGGAACCCUGUCUUGGGGGGUUGGGGGGGAAGAUGACAUGCCACAAAAUAAAAAUAGAUACGUAUCUAGAGGAAGACUGUCUUAGUUACUUUUCUAUUGCUGUGAUAAGAUACCGUGACCAAGGUAACUUACAAAAAAAUAUUUAUUUGGGGCUUACAGUUUCAUAGCGUUCGAGUUUGUGACCAUCAUGGUGGGAAGCAUGGCAGCAGGCAGGCAGGCAUGGCAUUGGGGCAGCAGCAAGAGCUCACAUCUUGAGACACAACCUCGAAGAAGAGAGAGAGGAAACAGAGUGGGCCACCUUUGGAAACCGCAAAGCCAGACCCCAGUGACACACCUACUUCACAAGACACACCACCUAAUCAUCCCCAAACAGUUCCAUCAUCUAGAGAUGAGGUAUUCAAACAUAGGAGCCUUUGGGGACCACUCUCAUCCAAGCCACCACACAAAGAACAAAGGCCAAGGUCCAUUUCCUUCCCUUCAAAUACAGCCCAACAUAGGCAGAAGACACUCAGCCUUCCGAGAGAUGGUGAAUACACCAAGGAGUUUGUGGGAGUCCAGCUCCGACCUGCUCCCUCCUAUUGAAGGGCUCUUGGGUGGAGGAGAGAAGAAUGAGGAAAUAUUAGGUAGAAAGACAGACCUAGACAACGAGGAGAAAGACAGAGACAGAACAGGGAGGGAGGGAAGAAAGUAGAGACAUGGCCAUGGCUUAGGUUGGUUAACACUGAAGUCACUAGUAAAGAUUUUAGAGAAAAACGUCAUCUUUUUAAGCCUCCUAUACCUCCUUCCUGAGUGCUGAUUAAUCCCUGUGUGGCCUGCCAGCGUGCCCAGACAGCACGGAUGAUUCCUUUGUAACUCUAUGGUGGAAAAGGAACUCUCCUCAAGUGAUCCGGGUUAGAAAGGGGUAAACCGUGCCUUUACCAUUGUGAUGCCUCAAUUUUUUGUCAACUUGGCACAAGCCAGAGUCAUUUUGGAAAGGGGAACCUCAGUUGAGAAUAUGUCUCACCAGAUUGGCCCGUGAGCAAGCCUGUGCUACAUUUGCAUUCUCUCUUUUCUCUCUCUCUCUCUCUCUCUCUCUCUCUCUCUCUCUCUCUCUCUCUCUCUCUCUCUCUCUCCAGAAACUAGCACUUAUUAUAGGUGGAAAAAGAGGUCACUCCCCAGGCUGUGGCCACAGUGUGCGGCAGUGCCUACAUGGUACAGGCGCCUGGCAUCCUAAGCCUGGCACUGUAUGGAAGAACACUACCUGCUUGUGGCCACCCUUCUGGCAUGGAUGGUCCUCUCAUCCAUUUUCUGUGUUGAUUUUGUUGAUGUAGAUACAGCUGUUGUUGACUUCCUGUUGGUGUUUGCAGUUCAGGCAUGCAGACAGCAGUUAUGGCUCCCCUUAUCCUCCGUGGGGUACAGCUUGUUGUCACAUUCCUGCCACAAUCCUGGUACUUUUUUUUUUUUUUUGAUUUAUGCUUGGUAUGAGAGGACUCAGCCCAUUGUGGAUGAUGCCAUCCCUGGGCUGGUGGUCCUGGGUUCUAUAAGAAAACAGGUUGACCCAAGUGAGAAUUUUAUUCCCAUUCACAAAUCAAUGACCUAGUAAACCUCAUGGAUUUGACCUCAUUCCUUCAAGCUUAUAGUACUGUGCAGAGUGAUUUGGGCAUUGUGGGCACUUUUGCUAGACCAUUAGGAUGUAAAUCUUUCAGCACAUUUGCCAAGUGUGUUAAAAGAGUUCAAGUGUAUGCCAUGCUCAGUAAAACAACCUACAAGAAGUGGUGGGGAAAAGGGCAUGUGACAAGGUGGAAAUGGUAGAAUAAAAUUAUCAUUGUUUGAGGAAUAAAAAAAAUAAGAAAAGAAAAGAAAAGAAGACAGGUUGAGCAAGCCAUGGGGAGCAAGCCAGUAAGUAGCACCCCUCCAUGGCCUCUGCAUCAGCUCCUGCCUCCAGGUUCCUGCCCUGAGUUCCUGCCCUGACUUCUCUAGAUGGUGGACUGUACUACGGAACUGUAAGCAAAAUAAACCCUUUCCCCCCUAGUUGCUUUUGGGCGGUGGUAUUUAUCCCAGCAAUAGAACCCUAACUAAGAUAAACAUGGAGAUGGCACCUUAAGACAAAAUCAAGUGUUACGGAAAGUCCUGUGCAGAUGACAUAUGCACUUAGCAUGAUGCCUCUGGCACCGCAUAUUGCCUAUAUGAUUUCCUUUCCCAUCAUUCACAACUCCAGGCAAAUAAAGAGAUGGCUUAGUGGUUAUGAGCCCUGGUUACUCUUGUAAACAGCCUAAGGUUCAAAUUCCAGCAUUCACUUCAGGUGACUCACAACUAUUUUGUAACUCCAGUUCCAGGGGAUCCCAUACUCUCUGGCUUCUGUGGGCACCUACACUCUCAUGGUGCACAUAAAAACUCACAUAGGCGGUGGUGGUACAUGCCUUUAAUCCCAGUACUUGGCAGGCAGAGGCAGGAGAAUCUCUGUAAGGCCAGGCUGGUCUACAGAGUGAGAUCCAGGACAGGCACCAAAACUACACAGAGAAACCCUAUCUCAAAAAACAAAACAAAACAAAAAAAACAUCACAUAGGCACACACAUCGAUGUUGUAGAAUAAUAUUUUAAGAUGUGUUACAUUUGUUUACGAAGUGGAACAUUGUUUAAUGAUGCAAAGAUGUGUUGCAUACUUCUAUGUUGCACUUGUUUAACUCUGUGAGGCUGUGUUACUGUGCCUGUCUAAAACAUCUGAUGGUCUAGUAAAGAGCUGAAUGGCCAAUAGCGAAGCAGGAGAAAUGAUACGUGGGGCUGGCAGGCAGAGAGAAUAAAUAGAAGAAAUCUGGGAGAAAGAGAAGAAAGAGCAAGAAAAGGAGGAGAGGACACUAGGAGCCAGCCACCCAGCUGCACAGCCAGCCAUGGAGUAAGAGUGAAAGUAAGAUAUACAGAAGCAAGAAAGGUAAAAUCCCAGAGGUAAAAGGUAGACGGGAUAAUUAAAGUUAAGGAAAGCUGACAAGAAACAAGCCAAGCUAAGGCUGGGCAUUUAUAAUUAAGAAUAAGCCUCUGUGUGUGAUUUAUUUGGGAGCUGGGUGGCAGGACCCCCAAAAGACCAAGACCACAAAGAGUUAAAACAAACAGUAACAUGUGCAUAUAACAAUAAAAUAAAUCUUAAGGAAAAAAGAAAGAAAAAAUUCACAACCUCUGUGUAGUCAUGAGGAAUCAUCAUCAGAUGAAUCCAAAUUGAGGAACUUUCUACAAAACACCUGAACAGCACUUUUCUUUUUGUUUGUUUUAGAUUGGGGUUGGGUGGGGAACAGGGUCUCACUAUGUAACCUUGGCUGGCCUGGAACUUUACAUGUAUACCAGGCUGACUUUGAAUUCCCAGAGGUCCUCUGCCUCCAAACCCGUUCUUUCUCUCUUUCUUUCUUUUUCUCUUUCUCUCUUUUCUCUCUCUCUCUCUCUCUCUCUCUCUCUCUCUCUCUCUCUCUCUCUCUCUUUCUUUCUUUCUUUCUUCUUUUCAGGACUUGUCCUCAAAUUCUACAAGAGCUCAUUCCUUUCAAAAUUGAAAAAAUAUACAUAAUUUUUUUAACUAAAGUAGCUUUGGCAGUUGAGGGACUAAGUCUUUUAUAGUAAAUGGGAGAAGGGGGCCUACAGGAUGGCUUCUCAGGAAAAGGCACCUUAUUAUAUGAUAUUUUGUUUGUGUUCUAACCAAUAAAGCUUGCCUGGAGAUCAGAGGGCAGAGCUAGCUACCAGCUAACCAUAGAGACCAGGCAAUGGGAGCACUUGGGAGGAGGAAGCAGGAAGAUCAGGAGUUCAAGGCCACCAUGGGCUACGUGAGAUUGAGCCAGUCUAAAAGAGAAACAGUGCAGGGCAGUGGAGGCUCACGCCUUUAAUCCCAGCACUAGGGAGGAUCAAGCUUUUGAUCCCAGCACAUGGGAGGCUCACGCCUUUAAUCCCAGCACAAUCAGAAGGUGGAGACAGGAAUAUAAGGCAGGUGGAGAUCUUGGCCCAUUCAGUCAAAGGAUUUGUAGAGACUGGAUCCUCCCAUUUCAGUCCAAGAUUUUGUAGAGGUAAGAAAGUUCUCUUGGCUAGCUGCUCUGAUUCUCUGAUCUUUCAGCUUUCACCCAAAUACCUGACUCCGGAUUUUUUUUGUUGUUGUUUUUGUUUUUGUUGUUUUUUUUUAAGAUUUAUUUGUUUAUUAUGUAUAUAGUGUUCUGCCUACAUGCAUGCUUGCAGGCCAGAAGAAGGCACCAGAUCUCAUUACAGAUGCUUGUGAGCCAACAUGUGGUUGCUGGGAAUUGAACUCAAGACCUCUGGAAGAACAGCCAAUGCUCUUAAUCGCUGAGCCAUCUCUCCAGCCCGACUCCGGGUUUUUAAUUGAUAAGAUUAACUAGAUUUAUGCUUCAUCACCUGCCUGAAAGGCUUGUGACUCAAGUUCAUCUUUAGAACCCACUUAAAGGUUGAAGGAGAAAACUGAUGUCAACAAAUUGUCCUUUGACUACACACACAGUAAUAUUAAAUAUAGCAAAUGGGCCAAAAUAAAUUUAAUACAUAAAAAAAAAGCAGGGCGGCAGUGGCACACGCCUUUAAUCCCAGCACUCGGGAGGCAGAGGCAGGAGGAUCUUUGUGAGUUCGAGGCCAGCCUGGUCUACAGAGCGAGAUCCAGGUGCAAAGCUACACAGAGAAACCCUGUCUCAAAAAUAAAUAUAUAAAUAAAAUAAAUAAAUAAAUAAAAUAAAUAUACAUAUAUUGAGGUACUAAGUGAUUAUAUAUAUGCAAAUAUGUAAACACAAAACAUAUAUGUAAAUAUAUAUACAUAUGUAAACAAAAAAUGAAAUGAUUAAAUCAAAUUAAUACACCUGUCACCUCAAAUACUAUUUUUGUAGUUAGAGUAUUUGCAACUUACCCUCAACAAUAUGAAACAUGAAAAAUACCAUCAUGAUCACCAUACUGUGCCACCAAGGACUAAAAUGCAUCCCUUUGGUCUCACUGAAGCAUUGUAACAACAUUCUUACACACACACACACACACACACACACACACACACACACCCUCUGGUAAACACCAUUCUUCUCUCUGCUUCUGUGAAUCUGAUUGUUUCGAAUCCAAAUGCAAGUGAGAAUACUGUGUUGUCUUUCUGGGCCUGUUGGCCAGUACUUUUCCAAAGUGUUUUUCAUGCAUAACAAAGACAGACUGAGAAACCAUAGCCAGACUAGAGCUGACUAAAAAGCCCAACACCUACACAUAUAUGAGAAAUUCUGGGACAGAAAAAGGGCCUUGGUAGGGACUGUGAUAUCCCAGUGAAGUGUGUCGCUUAGGUAAUAUUGUUGGACCCAUGCUAAUUUUUGAGUUUGGAUAAAUACUUGGCAGUUAUGUAAGCUGACAUUCAGGGAAGCUAGGUGAAGGCUCUACAGAAAUUCUCUGUACUGAUUUUUCAACUAAUCUAUAAAACUAAGAUGGUUUGAGAAGUUUAAAAAAAAAAUAAGGAAACAAACAAACAAAACCCACCAGAAUCUAAAACUCUUUACUAAAGCAUGUUUUCUUCUGCUGUGUAAAAAUACACCAUCAAAUGUCACUUCCAUAUUCAGCAAAAUCUGUUGUGGAAUAUUAUUUGAAGGUGUGUUACUUUUGUUUAUGUUGCAUUUGUUUAACUCUGUGAAGCUGUGUUACUGUGCCUGUCUAAAAUACCUGAUGGUCUAAUAAAGAGCCUGAACGGCCAAUAGCGAGGCAGGAGAAAGGAUAGGCAGAGUUGGCAGGUAGAGAGUAUAUAUAGAAGGAGAAAUCUAGGAGGAAAGAGAUCUAGGAGCGAAAGAAGGAGGAGGACAUUAGGGGCCAGCCACCCAGCUACACAGCCAGCAAUGGAGUAAGAAAGAAAGACAUACAAAAAUAGAAAAAGGUAAAAGCCCAGAAGCAAAAGACAGAUGGGUUAAUUUAAGGUUAAGAAAAGCUGGCAAGCAACAAGCCAAGCUGAGGCUGGACAUUUAUAAGUAAGAAUAAGCCUCCGUGUGGAUUUAUUUGGAAGCAGAGUGGUGGGCCCCCAAAGAGUAAACAGUAAAGAGCUAAGAGCCAAAAUACAAACAAUAACAAAAGUCAUGGUCUGGAGAAGAAUGGGUGGGUGUCAAGAUUUGGGCCUGUUAGCUACCAGAUGCGUAUGUGGCCUGGCAGUAGGGAAGGGAUGCUAACAGGGACACUUGGGCCCCUUUGAUCAUCAGAUUAUUGAAAUGCUGGCUCCAGGAAACUGGAAUUUCCUCAGGAAUCUCAUGCUGGGAAAGUGCUGAAGUUUGUAUGGAAGGUGUGGCCUUGUUGGAGAAGGUGUGGCCUUGUUGGAGAAGGUGUGUAACUGUGGGUGGGCUUGAGGUUUCAAAAGUUCAUGCCAGGUCCCUCCCUCUCUCCCCCUCUCCUCCUGUCUCUCUGUGGGUGAAGAUGUAAACCUCUCAGCUACUGCUCCAGUGCCAUGCCUGUCUACCUUUCAUCACGAUGAUAAUGGAUUAACCCUCUAAAACUAUAAGCGAGUCCCCAAUUAAAUGCUUUCUUUUAUGAGUUGCCUUGACCAUGGUGUCCCUUCACAGCAACAGAACAGUGACUAAGACAGUCAGUCACCUUAGUCAUUUUGAGCUACACUGAAGUUUUCUGCAGGCCCUAAUGUACAAAGAUCACACAUAGAGGCAGGCUUGGUGGCACAUGCCUGUACCAUCAGCACUGCAGAGAAAACCCAGGAGGAUGGAGAGUUCAAGGUCAGACUGGGUUACAUGUGGAGCCGGGUCUCAAAAACAAACAGAAACAAAACAAACAAUAAUUUUUUAAAAAAAAAAAAAGCAACUUCAGAGCAGACUUUGUGCCUCCUGGUUUUUUGUUUUGUUUUGUUUUGUUUUGUUUUUUGGUUUUGUUUGGUUGGUUUGGGGGUACUAAGGAUGGAACUAUUAUGGUUUUAAUGUCAACUUGCUACAAAUUAGAAUCACUGGAGCGUGGCUCCUCAACUGAACAACUGUCCUGAUUGCCAUGAUUGAUGUGGGAGGAAGGAAAAUCAUCUUGCCCUUAGCUCACUUGGCUUUCCUUCCUGCUGCUGGUUUGCCCUGCCACUGCCGCCGUUCCCUUCACUGACAUCACAACUAGCUUUCUCAAGCUUUCAACAUGGGCUAGGGACCAGCUAGUCCUCAGGAACCUUCCAGGCUCUCAGGCACCAGCCUGGGACUGCUGAGGCACCCUGCCUUGUGGACUGGGCAACUAAGGGUCAUCAGGAGGGAGCCUAGUGAGAGACAGCUCCUGGGGGACUUCUCUGGCCACUCAGACACAAAGCCUCAAGACUAAGUAACAACCAGGUUCUCAGCUCUCAAAUAUGACUCUGCUGUUGUUAUUGUUUUAAAGCUGACUAAUUUGAAUCUGAAUAUAUAUAUAUAUAAAUUCCCAUUGGUUCUGUUCCUCUAGGGAACCCUGAGUAACACAGGAACCUGUUAUGGUAUAUUAAACCUGCCUGACUCCAUUUUGAAGGCAGGAGCCAUUAUGCUGUAUUGUUAAAAAAUAAGUUUCUAUUUACUAUAAGAGCUGAGUUGCUUUCUCUUUCCUGGGACCUGACCUUCCCCAACCCAUGGCCUUGACUUGUUUUUGAAGAUACCCUUACCCUCCCUUACCCUCUUGUUAGGGUCCUCGAGAAGUCUCAUAAAAGACCACCAGUCAUGUGUGUAAUCAGCAAAAGCAUUGAAUAAAAAGUUCCAGCAUGCUGGGGUCAAACCAUCAGAUAAAGUGGCAAAAUCAAAAUGGCAACCCCAGGAGAAGCUCACAGGUGCCUUUUAAGCAUGGCUAGGAAAAUUCCAGCUGGAGUUAAGUGUACUUUGAAGUGAUUGGGUAUAGACUCUUACUGGUACAGGAGUCAUUUUAUGAUUGGCUGGUGACAUCUGGUCAGCACCUGUGGUGCUGUGGUUGCAGUGUCUGUCAGGGGUCUGUCUGCUGUAUCAGGGGUCUGUUUGACUGAAAAUAGCUAGAACGGUUCCUGCUUGUGGUCAAGUAGGACCCUGAUUGGCUACCAGACUAGUCUGUACAUGCUUCCUGAGGGUCUGAUUGAAGCCAGACAUGAGUCAACAUAGGAUGGUGGGGUAAUAUGGGGUAGAGGUCUUAGCAAACUGGCCCCUGGGAAAGAAAAAAACCAACUGGCCCUGUUAGGUUUAGUCCUGUUAUAAGAGGGGAUGGCCAAGCCGGGCGGUGGUGGCGCACGCCUUUAAUCCGAGCACUCGGGAGGCAGAGGCAGGCGUAUCUUUGUGAGUUCGAGGCCAGCCUGGUCUACAGAGUGAGAUCCAGGAACGGUGCAAAGCUCCACAGAGAAACCCUGUCUCGAAAAACAAAAAAACAAAAAACAAAAAAAAGAGGGGAUGGGCAUUUCACCUCCCUGGUCCCUCCCUAACCACAUGGUGACAUGGCUUUUUGUUUGUUUGUUUGUUUUGUUUUGUUGGAUUUCCUUAUUGCCUCACUGUCUCUCUUCUGUAAAACCACUCAUGAUUUUACUCCUUAAAAGGGCCCAAGAGGUGGAUUCGGGGCUGCUCUUUUUAACCUGACUUAGGAGGGAGUUGCUAACCAGCUCUUGGGUGCACCCUAAUACAAAAAAAUCAAGCUUACUUCAGAUUUGGCUCAAAUUGUGGAAGUGGUCUUAUUCUCGCCAUUGGGAUUAACAGUACCCACCAGAGAAGACUGCUCAGACAUGGGUUUAAGCCAAUAGAAAGUCUUUAUAAGCCAGCUGGUAACUACACUGGGUGUUCAGGAUCCCAGUGUAGCCCUGAGCCGUUCUCAGGGCGAGCUUUUAAGUACAAAAAACAUGUCCUGGGUUGACAUACUUUAUUUAACAAGAACAGUUAGCAAGAAUCAGAACUACAGAAGCCAAAAAGCAAAGUUAGUUCACUUAGAGAGACUUUCCCAGGACUAUGGACUUUGAUGGAUUAGGCUUUUUAGUUUCGGUAGGUGGUGCUGUCGACGUGAUGAGUUUUACAACCUGAAUGGUACUUCCAUCAUGGAGUCAGUUGUAUUAAGGUCUUGGUCCUUUUUACAGAACCUGGGACCUGGAAGGUAGGAAAUGUGUGCCUUGGGGGCAUCACACACACCCAGUACUUAUCACAAUUACAUGUGAGCACUGCUAAUCACCAUCCAGCACUGUCCUUGUCAAACACUCUAACCGUGACAAACUGUGUUAUGACACCCUCCAUCUUUUUAUUCUUUAUCUAUAAUAGCCCAUCCAUAUGAGGUGACGAAGGUAACGCCAUCUUGCCCUGAUUCAUUUUGUAAUUGCUUAGACAGUUCUCAGCCCUCUACUCCUGCAACAGACAUGUCCGCCUUGGCAACACUUUUGAGAUUUCCAUGUUCCUGACCAUGGUCCAGAGUAUUAACCAAAAUAAUUAAAUUUAUACAAACUUAAACUAAAAUAACUGAAGAAGGUAUAAGCCAAAAUUAAUUGCCAUGUUGUGUCUGAAAUAACUACUAUGUUCUGUCAAAACAAAUGUUACUCUGACCCUCAUCGAACAUUGAUGUAAUUGUGUUUUUUGCCUUUAAAAAUGCUGUCCCUCUGAGCUUUGACACCAAAAGACUUUGAGGCAUAAGCCCACUCUUAGUCACUGGCCAAAAAUAAAAGGACUCUUAUAUUUUUAA